AUGGCUAUGUCUAAAAGUAUCCUACCUUUCAGUAUCAUCAGAUUCUUCCAAUUUGCUUCUGCAACUUUGGUCAUGUCUCUAAUCGCUUUCGCUACUAGAGAUUUCCACCACCACAGUAACCCAAAAAUCAACUUGGGUCUAUCUGUCGGUGUCAUUUCUGAAUUCUAUAUGCUAUGUGUUAUGAUCGGUACUUUGUUGUUCCCAUCCUUGGUCUUUGCUGGUUUACUAUUCAUUUCUGAAGCCAUCGUUAUGUGUUUGUACAUCUCUGGUUUCAUCACCGUUGCCUACCAAGUUGGUAAGCACCACUGUAGAGACAGAGUUACUGACACUUACAACCCAAAAUACGGUUCUUUGGCCGACUUCAACGAAUACGGUGGUAGAUACAAUGAAUUCACCAACAAGUACACUGACAAGAGCUUCGGUCGUGCUUGUAACUCUUUGAAGGCUGCUACUGCUUUUGCUGGUUUGAACACUGUUUUAUUCAUGGUUACCUGUACUUUGGUCGGUAUUAACGUUAUGAGACCAAUCACUAACAAGUACGGUAUGAGUGGUUUGUUCAAGACUGGUUCUUCCAUGGGUACCAAGUUGCAACGUUUCACUGGUUUGACUUUGAGUGAACCAGUCGGUGACUCUUACGGUUACUCUGGUUCCGGUAUGCAAGAUGCUGAACAAGGUAACGCUUACUCUACCGCUGACUCUUCUAACAACAACUACCAAGAAAAACCAGCUGGUACCGAAGGUAACACUACUGCUUAA